CAGGCGUGAAUUCUGUGCUGCUUGUCUACUGCGCCUGUCACGAUCGUUCAACGUUGAUGAACUGCACCGAUUUCCGCGCAGCUGCCAUUAUGCUCUCAGAUGGAGAGUUUCAAUGUUAUAUUUCCAGACUCUACGAGAUUGUCCAGGCCCGCUCUCCCUGAACAUCAGAGCUAAAGAGAACUUUGACGCACCAGACCAAUGACCGGUCCAUGUUGUCCUUGACACCGAACCCUCCACGAUGACGGCACCAUUAUCGAGGCUUGCCAAACCCCUAGGCUCGUUAUGGACAACCAAGGCUAGCCUCUCGCAAACCCUUUCGCAUGUAACGGGCACUGCUCGACGUCGGUUCCCACGCCAGUCUGAAUCACCUACACGAAUCCUGGCUUUACGAACACAACGCAAACACCCGGUGGCGAGGUCACGUUACGGGGCCAUGUUUCGACGGGUGGCAAGGCAGAUGAAUGAACGGCUUCCUGUCUUGACGCUGCAAAAGCUUCUGAAACUGGAAGACCUUCAGGAUGAGAAGGGUCUCGCCGCAAUACUGGAACAAGUCGACCCGAAUAUUUGGAAAGAUCGGCUCAACAGCCUCGCAACGAGAGGCUGGUCCGAGGAGCACAUUGACCACUGGGUCUGGAUUCUGUCGGCAGAAGAUGCGGAUGCUCGCGUGAGACGCUUUGUUUUCACUGACACUCCACAGCCGGUCUUCUUGCUCAUGGUUCUUCUGCAAAACAGCCACUCCUUCCGGUCCUUCGAGUCUCUUAAACUGGUACUGGAUUACGUCAACAAGUUCUACUGCAGCCGGGAACGCCCAAUCCAUGACCUAAGAUUGGCGCUCAUGCCGUUAACCUUCCUAAGGCUUCUGCGCCGGCUUGUUGGGCAUGUUUACAGGAUUUGGCCACGGGCCAUUGUCCGGUUGGCACAGCUUGCCAAGGACUAUAUUCAAACCAUCCCUCGGCUUGCAGGUGAUUAUCGAGUCAAAAACGGUAAGGCCUACCGUGAUCGCUGUCUCGUCUUCAAUUACGCAUUGGUGUCAUUCAGCCGACCGUCUUACAUCGAGCCGCUUUUGCAGAGGGAUUUCAACUGGCGGGCACAGAGACUGCUGCUCUCCAUGUCCGACGGUUUGGAAUCACCGCUUGUCAUUGAUAAAGCGAGUUACCGGUCGAUUCGGAAGGUCAUGAUUGGCUUGCGCAAAUCUCAAGCAGAAAGAGAAGUGGCCAUGAGAUAUGCGAAAACGUGGCCCCCUUAUCGACAGGACUUCGAUGGACAUGAUGUUAAGAGAACUCCUGAGGGGGACCAAACACGAAGUGUCAAAGCCGGCGUUCUCAUGCAGGAAGCUGGCUAUGAGGAAGAUGAAUACGAUAAAGCUCUAGGGGCCCUUGGCGGGUCGACGACGGAGUCGCCAACAAUCCAGACCCGAAGCCUCCCCCCAAAGGAGUGGAUUGGAGACAAAGAGUCUAACAACUUUUAUACACUGUGGGCAUCCAAAGUACGCGCAACCCGGAACGCCCGGGAAGCCUGGAAAGCAUUCACCUCCUUUUCAGACGUCGAGCCUACAGCUCAGGUGUACGCCGAAAUUCUCAUGAAACUGAGAGCCCGAGCCGCUACUCCAUCUAUACAUUUGCUGCCUGGUGAUGCCAGAGAAAACCUGCCCAUACACGACGCCAACUACAGUGAAUAUGAGCUUGCCAGGCUUUCUCCACCCACUCGGGAUGAACUAUACAGCCACAUGCUGGAGCAAGGCAUUCGACCCAAUGGCACCUGCCUGACACAGCUCGUUUCACACGCUUCAUCUGUGGAAGAGGGACUACACUACCUCUCGGAUAGUCCCAUCAAUUCCACUUCUGUGACACAUUUAAGCUUGUUCAAGGUGCCAGCGUUGGAGCAUCUACACAAGAUUCCUCUGAUGGCAUUCAACAGCUAUAUACAGCUCCUCUGUCGGCUCCAACCAGACCGUCGGGGAGCGGAAAGGCUAGGAACGGAGGAGCUCUACCGCAUUCGGCAUGCAAUCCGGCUGGUCAGCAUGCGUCUUCGUCCCGAUACGACCGAAGGCGCUACGUUCAGGCCUCCUUGGCAGAAUAUUGCACGAGCAUUGGCAAGACCGUAUGUCGCCGUCAUUAACGGGGCGCAGAUCGACAACGACAUCGUAGCGUUGAAGAUGUUUUUGCAUUGUUACGCAGCUGCGCAGAAAUGCCAUGGUAUAGAUGGCGAGUUGUUCAUAUAUUUGUGCCGCACGGUCCAAAAAUUGGUCCUUUCCUAUCUUGAACUAUGCAACUCGCCGAUUGAAGCCGACUUGCAAUCACCGGCAAUGAGCGACACGAGGCUUCGUGCGGUACUCGACGAAGCCCAAGGUGUCAUGAGGACCACGUUCUCGAAGAUGACCAUGGUGCCCGUCGAAUCUGGUGGUGAGUCCCUUCUCCCCAGCUGUGGGCACGUUAUUACGCCGAUUCAGCUCCAUAUGUACAUGCGUGCCAUGGCUCUGGUGGACGACGUGACGGGCAUGGUAAAUCUGAUGGACUGGAUAUUUCGAAACAAAGAUGUCAUUGCUCGUGAAGCACAGCUCCGGGGGAACCGUGGCCACGCUAUGAUGGCGAAGACGCUUUGCGCAUUCGAAGCGUUCGCCGGGCCGAAAUUGGAUAUGGACAAGCGCGUUGAGCUGGAUGCGCGGAUGAAUGACAUCACGGAAGUUGACCCGUCUUGGAGGUGGCCAACGGCAGAGGAAAUUGAGGACUACAUCGAUUUGGACCAGCGGGGAGGAUCACAGAGACUUCACCAAAAGAUCAUUGCCCAGUGGUGGCAGCAAGAUGCCGGUAGAAAAGAAUCCGGACAGGAACAGAGGACGGCGGCCGGGUAAAGCAUAGAGCAAUGUUGUACAUUACAUGAAGAUACCCGGGUUACAACCACAUUAGACGAGUGAAACAACUUACCGAUUCAAGAUCGAAAUAUCGUCAGCGCUGGGAACGGGGAAC